CUCGGCCAUGAUAUGCUGGUCGAUUCAGACUACGACGAGAAGCAACAAGAUGUGGCCAUAAUCUCACCAGAAGACGACUCGAUGGAGGAAGUCGCUGUCCAGGAGCCUCGCGCCGACGACUUUGCUGCAAUGCGCAACCGCUUCAUGCCCGAAGACCCCGACCUCGAAAUUGAAUCCGAAACAACCUUCACAUGGGACAUCAAAGAUUGGCGUACGCUGCCACGUAGACACCACAGUCCGACUUUCCACACCGGUGACCACCCUUGGAAAGUUCUCUUCUUCCCGCCGGCAACAACGCGAACGAUCAGCUUCUACCUCGAACAGGGCUAUGGCGAAGAGGACAAGCCUCCGGCAGACUGGUAUGCAUGUGCUCGCUUCAUGCUCGUGCUGUGGAACCCGAACGACCCGAGCAUCUACCUACACCAUGAGGCUCAACACCGCUUCAAUCAAGAGGAGGGCGACUGGGGCUUCACACGUUUCGCAGAAAAGAACAGAGUGUUUGCUACACGCUUCGACGAAAAGGACCGCCCUCUGGUAGAGAAUGAUUCUGCCAAACUGACUGCCUAUGUCAGAGUGCUCAAAGACCCAACUGGUGUUCUUUGGCAUAACUUUGUGAACUAUGACUCUAAGAAAGAGACUGGUAUGGUGGGUCUUCGCAACCAGGGCGCAACUUGCUAUCUCAACUCUUUGCUCCAAUCACUCUUCUUCACCAACGCUUUCCGCAAGAAUGAGACAGACGCACGGAACAGCAGUGCUUGGGCCUUACAGCGACUCUUUUACAAGCUACAGACAGACCCUGCCGCUGUAUCUACUAUGGAACUUACUCAAUCAUUCGGAUGGGAGUCUCGUCAGGUCUUCGAGCAACAGGACGUCCAGGAACUCUCUCGCAUCCUGAUGGACAAAUUGGAAGAGAAGAUGAAAGGCACCGAAGCUGCAAAUGUACUGGCUGAGAUGUUUGUUGGCAAGAUGAAAACAUAUCUUCGCUGCAUCAACGUCGACUACGAGAGCUCUCGUGUCGAAGACUUCUGGGACCUGCAACUCAACGUCAGUGGCUGCAAGACGCUUGAUGACAGUUUCCGCGACUACGUUCAGGUCGAGACUCUUGAAGGUGACAACAAAUAUGCUGCCGAAGGAUACGGCUUGCAAGACGCAAAGAAGGGUGUCAUCUUCGAGAGCUUCNCCCAAGUUCUGCACCUCCAACUCAAGCGAUUCGAAUAUGACUUUGUCAGGGAUGCCAUGGUCAAGGUCAAUGAUCGUUACGAGUUCCCUGAGAUCUGGGAUGCUUCACCAUACUUGUCCGAGACAGCCGAUCGCUCUGAGCCAUACAUCUACCGUCUUCAUGGUGUACUUGUCCACAGCGGUGACAUGAACGCUGGCCAUUACUAUGCUUUCCUCAAACCUACCAAGGACAGCCCAUUCUUCAAAUUUGAUGACGACCGUGUCACUCGCGCUACUCCCCGAGAAGCCAUGGACGAGAAUUUCGGUGGUGACUACGCUCCAACUGGACCUAAUGGCGCCACCAAGAUGCAGAACCCCUUCACUCGCCAAUGGUCGACCAAGCGCUCCAUGAGCGCUUACAUGCUUGUCUAUAUUCGCGAAAGCCGUAUUGAUCAAAUUCUUGGAGAUAGCGACAGCAUUCAACCUCCAGCACAUCUACCCAGCCGUCUUGCCGAAGAGCGUGCUGCACUCGAACGCAAGCGAAAGGAGCGCGAAGAGGCUCACUUGUACAUGAACGUCCAGAUUGCUACAGAAAGCAAUUUCCGCUCCUACCAAGGGUUUGACCUGGUCGAUUGGAAGUCAACGGACCAGGAGGAGGCAGUUGCUCCUAGAGUCCUGCGUUGUAAGAAAGCAAUGACUUUGGCAGAAUUUAACGAGCAGGUCGCGCAAGACAUCGGCACUGAUGCUGAUCUUAUUCGUCCUUGGGUCAUGGUUAACCGCCAAAAUGGCACAGUCAGACCCGAUCAUCCUCUCAAUUACUCGACAAUGACUCUCGAGGAAGCAAACGCCAAAUUCUCCACCAGAGCAGCAUCGUUCCGUCUUUUCAUUGAACAGACCACUCGUGGUGAGGACGGCAAGCCAAUCUGGGAUACCGAAGUCACAGCACCUUCCACUCCAGGCCAGGAACAGAAACCUAUCAUCGUCUUCCUCAAGCAAUUUGAUCUUGAGACUCAGACACUCAAAGGUGUUGGCCACACAUACAUGCUUCAAAGCCAANAAGUGCAGGAUCUUGCAGAGCCGAUUCUGAAGCUCAUGGGUUGGGAAGCAGGCACGUCGCUCAAGCUCUUCGAGGAGAUCAAGCAGAACUUCAUCGAUGUCAUGAAGCCGAAGCAGACGCUAGGACAAUCUGAGAUUCAAGAUGGCGACAUUGUCUGCUUCCAGAAGGUCAUGCCUGUGGAAGAGGUCCAAGCAUUCCAACAGAAAUAUCCCUCCGCCUACACCGACGCAAACUCCUUCUACGACUACCUCUUGAACCGUAUUCGUGUAUUCUUCCUACCUCGCCCCGGAGCACCGCAAAGCGUUCCGCUCGAACAGGGAGCAGACGAGUUUGAGAUGUACCUCUCGAGGAAGGACAGCUACGAUACAUUGGCAACCAAGACAGCGCAACAUUUGUCGGCAAUCUCGAAGACAGACGUCGAUUCUACUCAUCUGCGCUUCACUACGGUCAACGCUCAGAGCGGCAAGCCUAGAGGGCCUGUAAAGCGUACGCCUACAGCGACGGUACAUACCGUACUCUCUGGCGUUGGUACCGGUGGAUAUGGUGGUGGUUAUGGUUACACAAACCAGUCGCCCGACACACUGUACUAUGAAGUCCUGGAGAUGAGCCUGACAGAUCUGGAACAACGCAAGACGGUUAAGGUGACUUGGUUGCCUGAAGGAGUAACCAAAGAAGAGACAUAUGACUGCCUUGUCCCCAAGGUCGGUACAUUCGAAGAUGUUCUUCCGGUAUUCCAAAGGAAGGCCAAGCUACCAGAUGAGGUCAUUGAGCAGAUUCGCUUCUAUGAGGCUCACUCCGGCAAAGUGUAUAAGAUGCUUCUCCCGGACACAGCUGUGUCUACAUUGAAUGAAUUCAUGCAGGUUUAUGCAGAGCGCUUACCAGAGGAAGAACGCGAAGCUGAGAAGGAGGGAACGCCACCUCUUAUUGGAUGCUUCCAUUACGACAAAGAGCCUGCAAAGCCUCACGGUAUUCCGUUCAUCUUCCUCGUCAAGCAAGGUGAAGUAUUCAAGGAUACCAAGGAGAGAUUGUCCAAACGUACGGGUAUCAAAGGCAAGCAAUUUGAGAAGAUCAAGUUUUCGGUGGUCCCUCAUGGCAGCCAUUCUCGACCAAAGCCUCUUGAAGAUGAAAGUUACGGCGACGGUGAUCAGCUCGGCUUGGACCAUGUCAACAAGGCGCGUAAUGCAUGGCUCAAGUACGAGAGCUUGAACAUUCGAUAG